AUGUCGGAGCCCAAGGGCUCGCCCGCUAUGGGCGACGCCGCUCCGGCCAAGAAGUCGAGCAAGAAGAGCUCGAGUCGCCCAUCGGUAGCUGCUCCAGCCGCCUCUCAGCCCGUGGUGCAGGCCCCAGUCGCGACGUCUGCGCCUUCGGUCGGUGCAGUGCCCACGGUUCCUCGGAUUCCGCUGGCCGAGCCCAAGCCGGACGCCGCCAGCUCCGAGGCCAAGCGCAAGCCGUCCAAGAAGCGAACGUCGUCCACUUCAAGACGGGGAGACGGCAGUGGCCCCACGUCGAGAGAGUCCACGCCGCUUGGUCCGUUUGGGCCGUCGGGACCUCAAGCUGUGCCGAUAGCAGACGCCGCCGCUGCGGCCAAGCAGAAGGAAGACGCGGAGCGAGAGAAGCAGGCCAGACGAGAGGCCAAGAAGCAGCGAGCCAAGGAGAUCGAGGAGGCCAAACGUCGAGAGGAUCUGGCCAAGCAGGCGCUUGAAGAGGCCCAGCGUCUCGAGGAGCAGCGGCAGCGUGAAGCUCGCCAGAAGCAGCAGAUCGAGGCGCUGAACGCCAACGCCGAAGAGUGCCAAGAAGAGGCCGACGACUACGACGACGACGGGUUCGAGAACUAUGACGAGGACUUUGAGCAGGAGGAAGUGAGCCAGCCCAAAUCGACGCCGCUGCCGGGAGUAGGCGCCAAGGCGAGCUCCAAGAAGCGAGGCACCAGUUCGAGUGAAGUCAUGGACGAAGCGGAGCUCAAAAGGAUCCAGCAGGCCAUGCAGGCAGAGUCGAAAGGGCUGCUGUCUGGCUCGUCAAGGCCCUCGAGUUCCUCCGAAGUGGCUGGCCAAGGCAAGCCCAACAGCAGAGACGAUGAGCGUUCAGCUGGGGCGAGGCCAACGGCCUCAAUUUCGUCGUCCAUUGCUGGCUUGAAGCAGUCGCUCGACCCACGAGCAAAGCGCGCCAAGGAGAUACUCGAGCGUCGCAAGUUCGAGGUGGAGAAGUUCUCGCUAUUCCAGCAGAAGCCUGUGAGUGAGCAGGACAAGGUGUUGAGUCGACUGAGACGAGGACUGGUGCAGCAGGCGUUCGUCCAGACGACCGAUGGGUCCAGGUCUCUGGGAACGCAGACAAAGUCCCCCGAAACGCACGACAAGAGCAUGCACUUCCCCGACGAUAUCGGCAUCGACAAGGACUCGAUUUCUGGAGCUGAUAACAACGAGGACGGGGCGUUCGCGUCCUCUUCUUCGACGAGAUUUUUCAAGUUUCUGGAGCACGCCGCGUACGUGUGUGAGACUCUAGCCUCGACGGGGAGGCGCUACCAACUGUCCAAGGCUUCGAGGCUGGACAAAAAGCUGGUGUUCCCCAGCAAGAAGUUCGACUCGCUCCAGUCUCUCGAGCAGAUUCUCCAGGGGCGCGACCUGGUGGUGCUCCGCUUCUCGCCUUCCGUGUCAAGUACGCUCUUGACUUGCUAUGGCGCUGCUGGUGAGGGUGGGAAUCAAUCGCAACAACCCUCGAAGCUCUUCAAGGACAAGACCAUUUCGUGCAUUUGGGACGUCAAUCUGCUGAAUCGCCCCCUGCAUCUUCUCAAGAGCGAAGGCGUGGCGUCCACAGCGUGUCUUAGCCCCUCGCGAGACCUUUUCGUGGUGGUGGGGACGGAAGACGGCAGCAUUCACGUGUGGGACCUCCGACCGCAGUCCAUGAUCCAGGCUGCAAGCCCUCCAGUCGAUGGCCUUGCAGUGUGCACUCCGUCAUACUCAACCUGCGGCAUGAACUACCGCGCGCCAGAGCAGCACUCGUCGGCGAUUGUUGCCCUGGAGCCGAUUGAUCGGAGUAAGGGCAGCGGCGACAGCGGAGGCACGUUCCAGUUCGGCUCAAUGGAUGACCGCGGCGUCUUGAUCAUCUGGAGUUUGAUCGAGUUCGACUCUGGGGACGAAGCGUUGGUCACCGACAAGUGCGUUCAGAUAGGAGGCAACGUCAAGAUGGUCAUGAACACGCGGAUCGACAUGCAACAGCAGUACUUGACACCGCACGUGGCUCCGAAGCAGCCACAACGCAGAGGAUCGAAGACGAGCGUUCUCCCUCUCUCGCCUACUCCUGUUGCGUCUCCAACGCUGGCUCAUGUUGGUCCUGUCGUCGCAGUGCUGAAGUUCUUCCCACACGACCCCAACCAGUUUGUUGUUGGAACGCGCACAGGCCAGCUUGUACGGGGUCACCGCUUCCAGAAAUCGUCCUCUCGCAUGACGUAUCAGCGUGAGCAGGGCUUGAAGACGACGGAUGCAUCGGCUGGCGUUGUGUACAUCGACUUCCAUCCGUUCGAACCUGACUAUUUCCUCGUGGGAUACGAAGAUGGAAGUAUCUGUUUGUACCAUGCCGAUGUGUCUUUGUGCCUGACGUCGUGGGAAGAGGUGGCGUUUGGUAUCAACGUCUGCGCCGUGGCAUGGUCCCCAUCGCGUCCUGCUGUCUUCUACGCGUCCUUCUCCAACGGCACCGUAUUGGUGUGGGACCUGUUGGAGUCGACCAGCGGACCAACGCUGACACACGAGCUGGACGCGCUGAAGGACGUAUCGCCCGUGGAAUUGGCGUCAUCACUGUAUCCGCUGGUUUUAUCGGCGGAGAAGAUGCGGACGUCUCGUCCUGCAGUGGCCUGGCGUAUCGACCCCACUGUCUCGCCUUUCCAGUUCGCCAUCCAUGAGUUGGGCCCGGAGUUCACAGCUCGAGCUCCAUUGGAGCAGCAAACAGUGGCGAAGGUGCUAACGUAUAUUCUUUGA